AUGUCAUUCACCUCACAGCAAGUUAGCUGUGCUUCAUGAGUGUUAACUUAGCGUAUUUGAAAGCCACAGCAUCUAUCUAUACCUGACAAAAAUGCAUGCAUGUCAUUUAUUGUAGAGUUUCAACAUUUUAGCCACUUUUAAAGACUGAAAGGAGGCAUAGAAGGGGGGACUCUUCACUCCUCAAAUUAUUUAAACAAGUAAAAUUCUUUUUAAAAAAUGCAUCUCAAUCCUACACAGCAAGUCAGCAGGACACAGUGCAGUGAAGCAGUUGUUGUCACUGAAGCCACAGGAUUACUCAAACAAGAAUCUACUGAGUCCUUUGAUUUAGCUUGGUACAACAUCAAUGUCAAAUACAAGAAAGAUAUUGCUGACAGUAAGACAUACAUUAAAAAUCUAAUCCCCUGGAGGAAGAGCUUAAAUGAUUAUACUUGUGUGUUGAAUAAUGUUACAGGCAAAGCUGAGGGAGGACACUUAAUUGCUCUAAUGGGUGCAAGUGGAGGUGGGAAAACAACAUUACUUGCAGCAAUAGGAAAUCGCCUAAAAGGUCAGAUCAGUGGGGAAGUUUAUCUAAAUGGUCAUUUGGUUACCAGAUCACUGAUGAUGAAAGUUUCUGGUUUUGUCCCACAAAAUAAUAUUGCUUUUAACACACUAACUGUGAACGAGCAUCUGUCAUUCAUGGCACGUAUGCGAAUGGACAGCAAAAUUAGUGCAAGUUCUCGAAAGUCUUGGAUAAACAGUCUUGUCAGUGAGUUAGGACUUUCCACUUGUGCUGAUACUGUACUCAGCAAGAUAUCCGGAGGAGAGCUCAAAAGACUGAUGCUGGCUAUUGAGUUGUUAACAGAUCCACCUAUACUUCUUUGUGAUGAACCUACCACUGGACUUGACAGCUACAAUGCUCAAAUAAUGAUACAGAAGCUGAAAUCUCUUGCAGCAAGAGGCAAGAUAGUGAUCUGUUCUGUCCAUCAGCCUUCUUCAGAAGUAUUCAGAUUUUUUAAUCACUUAAUACUCCUGGCAGAAGGGAGAGUUGCAUUUCAAGGAACUCUUUCUGAAGCAGCUGGAUUUUUUAAAAGAUUAGGGUACAUAUGCCCAGACUCUUUCAAUCCAGCAGAUUUCUACAUAAAACAGCUCUCUGUAAUUACUGAUUAUGAGGAAGAAUGCUUGAAAAACAUCAGAAAAAUUUGUACUGCAUUUUCACAAUCAGAUUAUUCAAAGGCCUUGGAAAAGAAACCUGACACUCCUCCAGCAGAGUUUCCCGUGGAACUUAGUAAUUAUACAAAAAUAUCCCACUGUAAUUGGCUGUCUCAGUUUUACUGGUUGAUAUGGCGCUCAAUGAAAGAUUCCAGGAGAUCAUAUUUUGGACAUGCUCUCCAAAUUAUUAUGUUCUUGACUACCACAACAGUUGUAGCCACUUUCUACCAGGGUGUCAGUCCAGAAACUCAGGAGGGAAUGCAAGACUUCAGGGGGCUGCUGUAUCUUCUUUCUAGUGAAAUGUUCUUCUAUAGUGCAUAUAGUGUGCUCUACACUUUCCCAUAUGAAAUUCCUAUAUUCCUAAGAGAAAGCAACUUAUACUCCUCAUCAGCAUACUACAUUUCCAAGGUCAUAGCAGCGAUGCCAAGGACUGUAAUUGAAACAGCAGUAUUUUUUGGAUUUAUUUUCAUACUUGCUGACUUCCCAGUAGGAGGACUGGUUGGAUAUUUCAUGCUAUUGGGUCCACUGUUGUUGAUAUCCAUUGGUGCACUAGCCUAUGGUUGUAUGAUGUCAGCCCUCUUUGAAUCAUAUGAUCUCAUAGCUACAUUGACUGUAGCAAUUGAUCUUCUCUCAAUGCUGAUGGCUGGAAUAUUUUAUAAUCUCAGGGCACUGCCAAAGAGAAUUGCUUGGUUAAAAUAUCUUUCACAGUUUUAUUACUGCAAUGAGCUGUUGGCAUCUCUAUUCUGGAAACAUGUGGACCACAUAAGUUGCCCAAGCAAUCCAGAUUUGCCUUGUCUGCAUAAUGGUGAAGAAGUACUGGAUCAGUAUGGAUUUAAUCCACAUAAUACUAUGACUGACAUUAUUGUCCUCUUUGCAUUCUUCGUACUUUUGAGUAUGAUAGGAUUUAUGCAAAUAUGGAGGAGAAGCAGAAAGUAUUCCAUCUACUAAGUUGUAUGCUCAACUAUCACUUAAUUCAUAUUCACCUCUUUGCACAUAACAUUAUGCCCAAGGACUUACGGAGUAAAACAGAGUGUAUCAUAAUUAAUGAUGUAAAAACAUACAGUUGAAAGUACACAAUACCAGAAGCAAAAAAGUCUCAGUAAAUAUAGGGUCGAAAAUGCAUACCUUAAAAAGUAUGAGCUGUUUUUCAUCUUUGAUAAUUGAACAUUAGAAGAGUUGUGUUUCAAAAUAGCAAAGAUGAACAAGUGCUCAUAGCUCUUAAGGACCGUAUUUUAGAGCACAUGUUUACUGGACUUCUUUUUCUUGUUUUGGUCCAUACUACCAGUUCUCAAAUACAGAAAGCAAAGAACUUGCAGUAAAAGAGAUUUGUUUCACAGUAUUGAAGAUGAAAUAUUGCUCGUAGCUCUUAAGGUAUGCAUUUUUGACCCUACAUUUCCUUAGACUUUUUUGCUUCUAUUAUCAUGAACUUUCAAAUGUACGCAUUUAUGAAAUUAAUUAUGAUACAUUCUGUAUAAACAAAUGAGUGAUUAUUAAAAUCCUCAAUUUAAUUUGGCUGUAAAUUAUUUCUUUUCUCAUUUUAUAGCUUGCAUACUGAUGCUACUUGUUGUUAUAUUACUCUCCUCAUCAGAGAUGAUCAGUUUUGGGAGACUAUUUGUACCUACAUAAAAUACAUAUUUUAUAAAUACAAAUAUGAAUUUGUCUUUUUUGUGAUGUGUAAUUUAUUGUUUUUCAUGGUGGUUCAAGAUAUUGAAAUGCAUAUCAUGAGAUUAUAUAAAUUUUGAAUGUAUUUUGAAUAAAGACUUGUACCCAUAAAUUUUGUAGUAUAAGGAAUAUUUAUUAAAUGCAGGCAUAGUAAUAGAGGGAAGAAAUGGGAAUGUAAACACUACUAUUUUGAACAGAAAUUGUGUUAUCUCACACUUUUUAAUGAAGUGAAUCGAAUUUGACAAUACUGUUUUCGUAAAUAUUGACAUGCCAAAAUUGAAAUGUAAUGACUAAUUUUAAAUUUUAGGGCUGAUCUGGUUCUAGCACAUGAAAGUGUAAUAAUAUCAGAAAAUUCACAUUAUUACAAACAUAUCAUAAAAAGAUCAGACAGCUGUAUUAAGGCUAAAUCACAUAAAAAAGAUGAAGUGGUGAUUUGUAAACCAUUAAGAAACACAUGGAGCAAUGCAGCUAGAUUGGGUGCAGUCAGAUUGUUGUGGCAUAAAAGAGCAAGACAAGAAUAGAUCUUAGAAUUUGUAAGAAAAUCAAAUAGGUACACUCCCUGGGUAAAAGUCAAGGAAAGGCAAAUGUUCAAACAUCUUCUUAGAUUUUCUGGGUAGUGAAUAAUAAGAAAUCAGUAUUUUUAAGCCAAGAAUAAGGCUCAGUGGUGUUGAUAUGAGAGAGAAAUCACAUUUUUUUGUCGUUACUGCAGUUGCAACCUUUAAUACAUCAUUGACAUUGAGUGUAACAGGAACAACGUUGGAAAUAUUCUUUACAUACAUAUGAAGGUCAAGUUAGAGCAAUCUGGCAAAUUUCUACACAUGAAGAAGUCUGUAAAAUGAGAGUGCAAAAGUGUCAAAUUGCAUUAAGGGUAUUGUAUUGCAUUGUAUUAUUAUUAAAUACACUCUACUUAACAAAAGUAAAAAGUAUCACAGUUGACAAAAGAAAAUUAUGUAAAAUACUCACGUGUAGCAUUUUCUCUGUUGUAAAGUAUGCUUGUGAAAACAUCAUAAAAAUGACCCUAGCAAAUAAUAUUUGAUGUAACAACAUUUAAAUUAAUGAAAGUUUGUCCAACAU